AUGUCAACGCUUCUUCAACAUUCAUUUCGAGAUAAAAGGCUGCCACCUAUGCCGGCCGGUGCUUCCUUGUAUCAUCGUGAUCCCCUCUUAUAUGUUGAACGUCAGGCAAAGCACAUAGAGCGAAAUCUUCAAGUCCUGAUCGACGCGCAAAGCGAAGGCCUUCUCUCUGUCCUCGCUAGGCCUCCAGCAGAUGGUGCCUCUCCGACGUCUUCGUCAACUGGGGUUCGAUCGCAGUCUCCUUCCAUGGUGCCUGCUAGGCAGCCCCCGCCUACGAAGAUCGGGCUUCGGGCUGCCCGAGAGGGCAUCUUCCAAUCAAUAUACGAUCUACUGAAGUUACGAGAAGAAGAACGAGAUAUUCUUCUCGCUCAAACCCAAGAGAGGGAGAAUGCACUGCGUGAUAUCCAAAGCUUUCUCUCGAGAAAAAGUGGUCUUGAAGAAGCGAUCACUGCUAUACGUGGGGAUCCGGAAAGCCAUCGCUCCAAGAGGCUAGAAGAAGAGGCUCGGAACCUUGAGACUGACAUUCAUGAAUUGGAAACCAGGCUGUAUGAGAUGAAAGCUAAACAUCGGCAUCUUGUGGAAGAGAUAUCACACAUCAAUAACUCGGUCGACGCCAAGCUUUCUUCUUACACCGAAUCUUUGUCCUUGCUCGAGUCCGACAUUCGAAGCUACCUCCGUGACCCUCCCAUUCAACCGUUGGCAGAACAUGCAGGCGAAUCCACCUUCCACUCACUGAACCCUAAACGACGCACACUUGACAUGGCCCAGGAGCAUUGGAAUACCGAACAGGUCAGAUUGCACAGUAGACAACAGAAAGUGGAUGCGGAGAUAAUAGCACUGGAAGAAGGGGGUGGAGUGUGGAAGCAAGCUGUGUCCGAUAUUUCUGGCUUUGAGAAGCGUUUACAGGCCAAUAUGCGACAUUAUGUUGAGUUGGCCACACCAGCGACCGGUGCAGCAGGGUCCACGCCGACAGACACGAAGGACGAACUCGUGAGGAGUAUAUUGGAUGACAUGGAGAAAACCACCCGCCGACUUGAGUCACAUCUGGAGCUCGCUGAGGAUAAGGAUUGGAAGCUACUAGUUUGCUGCAUUGCAGCCGAGCUAGAGGCCCUGCGCGAAGCAAGGGGCUUACUACUUUCCGCCUUCGAUCUGCCGCAUGAGGAUGCACCCCUGAACUCUAAUGCUCCCAACGAUCCUCUGAUAGACCACGGCGUGGAUGGCCAUGAGGAUCCCCGCGCGGAUCCGUUAGAGAAUGAUGAUCCAGAACCUCCAGCAGACCUGCUCAAGGAUGCGGAUCCCCACCAUUCAGAUGCUGCUUUCAGGUCAGAAGAAGACGAUGACCCAGAUCCGUCAUGGUUGGCCUGA